UAACAAGUGAAGGGGGACAUAAUGUCAGCUUUAAUGAAGCUGAAGACCCUGCAAGGUCAUUUGGAGGGUCUAAAUGGAUUUGAAAAUCCAAAAAUUAAAUUUGAACAAUAUGAAACUCCGGCCCAUCUUGCUGCUACAGCUCUUUAUACCAUACAGACACAGUUUGAAUCUAUAGAAAACUGCACAGUUCUGGAUGCUGGCUGUGGUCCCGGCAUUUGGAGUAUCGGCGCCGCUUUGCUGGGAGCCAGCAUAGUUACAGCUGUAGAUAUCGAUGGUGAUGUCUUGCAAGUAUUCAAGGAAAAUGUUGAAGAGAUGGAACUGACAAAUGUGGAUGCUGUACAGUGUGACUUUCUAGAUCCAAGAGUUGCUAGAUGGGAGGGUUACUUUGACACAGUGCUAAUGAACCCGCCAUUCGGCACAAAGAACAAUGCUGGUAUUGACAUGAAGUUCCUCCGAAUGGGAACUCUCCUUAGCUGCGACAGUGUGUACUCAUUACACAAGACUAGCACUAGGAAUCACAUAGAAAAGAAGAUUAAAGAUUGGGAUAUGAAAGGGAGUGUCAUAGCGGAGAUGAAAUAUGAGUUGCCAGCUACAUACAGGUUCCAUAAGCAAAAUUCUAUGAACAUAGCUGUGGAUAUAUGGCGGGUAUAUCAUGCACAAUAAAUAAAUACUAUGUAUUACGUUUCUAUAGUUCAACUAAACAAAGAAAAUGGUUUUUACUUCUACUGGGAUUAAUGUAUUGCCUGUUUGUUUUGUUAUUUUACUGGCGUUAAAUAUAUAUUAUAUGAGAUUUUGAAGUGUAUGUACGCGCAUUUCAUCAGAACGACUGCACCAAAUUCAAUGGGACUUGAUGUCAUCAUAACUGUCUUGACGAAGCAUAUUAGAAAGAAGUUUAGCUUCUGAAAUAAAAGAUUAUAAACCCUUUUCUUUGUUUAUACGAUAAGUGAAAUGUCUUUUAGUAAAAUAGUAUAAUUAAUUACGUUUUAAUUAUAAUUUCUCUAUAUUAUGUACAGAACAUCAAAUGUAUGUAUGUAUAUCUAUGUAUUUACUUUUACAUAGAAUAAAAUGUUGAUUUUUUAUCUUAUAAAUAACAA